AUGUCGGGUACUUCAGAAGAUCCAGCGUUAUUGAGUAACCCAAAAAUUAUGGUGUCACCCACCACUACCGCUGCCUCCCUAAACAAUCCUUCCUCUAUCCACACUUUGGCAGAUCCAACUUUUCCACUGAUUAAGCGAUUACGUCCGGUGUACGAUGCCAUCGGUCAUGCCAUUGUGUACAGGCCCAUCGACACGUCCCUGCCAUUGUACACAAGCACACGCCCAGGAAGCGUCAUGUUUAAUAAUUUUGCGAACAUCAACAGUGGUGAACAGAAUCAUAAAAAGGGGCAGCCCAGAGAGUACAGCUCAAAUGGCAUGGCAGCAGCUCUAUCGUCCGCCCUGAAACCUGCAAACUUCUCAACACCGCUGCUGGAAUUCGAUGCUUCCGCUACUCAGGUGGCAACGGCGCCACCUUCCUUUGCCUCUGCUCCACUAUCGAAGAUGGCUUCAGGUGGAUCGGCCAUGCCUAACUCUUCCAGGAAAACCAGAGGCCGACCACCUGGUUCGAGCAAGAAGCAGAAAGAGAAUAGUCCGAGAUCAAAUGCUGUUGGAUUUACUACGAAUGUGAUCAAAGUGAAGCCAGGAGAGGACGUGUAUUCAAAAAUCAUGGGAUUUUCUCAGAAGUGUUCAAGGGCUAUAAGCAUCAUAUCUGCAAGUGGUGCCAUAUCAAAUGCUACACUUUGUCAAGCAGCGGCAUCUGGUGGAACUGUAAAUUACGAGGGGCAGUUUUAUAUCUUGUCCCUUUCUGGUUCCUUUAAGCUGUUGGAAGUUGGUAAUCAGAAAAGCAGAACUGGUGGAUUAAGUGUUAUAUUGUCUGGAUGUGAUGGAAGGGUUUUGGGUGGUUCUGUGGCUGGUCCGCUAAUUGCUGCCUCCCCCAUUCAGAUAGUAGUGACCAGUUUUAAGGCUUAUGAAUGUGAGGGAAAAAAAUCUGAUGACUCUAUGGAGACUUCAUUUGCUCUGCAAGUGAGCGCAGGUGGUGCAACUGGUGCCAGCAGCUCAACGUCGAAUAUGGCUUUUAGUGAAUUCUCUGGUGGUCCUGCAAAUCCGAAAGCUGGCAACAAGUACAUCCCACAAGGCACUUCUGGCAUGGCUGGCAAUUGA